CCCCAGGCUGGACGGAGCUGCGCCUCUCUCAACUUCUCCUCACUUUGCGUUCGUCUGCGCUGCCCGGAGGUGAAACUUUCCCCAGAGCCGCGCUCCACCGUGCCGUGCCGUGCCGUGCCGUGCCGUGCCGCGCUCCGACGCGCCGCGCCGUGCCGUGCCGCGCCGCGCCGCUGCAGAUGGGAUUCCACGUGUUUGGAGCCGCUUUUCCUCUCUGAGAACAAAGUUGAGGCGCUUUGGAGGAACCGAGGAGUGGAAGCGGAGAGGAGCGAGCCGCGCUCCCUACCAGCCAUGGAGACCUCGUCACCGAGAGCCACCGAGAAAAAGGACAAAAUGGACGGCGGCGGCUUCGGCGACCUGCCGAAGAAACCCUCCCCCGCGGAGAGCAGAGCGCCCCAGCACCUCUUCCCCGCCUUCCACACGCCGAUCCCCAUCGACGUCCGCCACCACGAAGGACGGUACCACUACGAGCCGCACGCUCUGCAUCACGCCAUGCACAGUCCUGCAGGACUGACGGCCAGCCCCGUCAUCUCAGACAUCUCCCUGAUCCGCCUUUCGCCCGCUGGCAUGGCGACCAGCGAGUCUCCCUUCAGCCCUCCUCACCCCUACGUCACGCCCCACAUGGAGCACUACCUGCGCUCGGUGCACGGCAGCCCCACCCUGUCCAUGAUCUCAGCGGCCAGAGGACUGAGCCCAGCAGACUUGGCUCAUGAACAUUUGAAAGAGCGGGGCCUGUUUGGUCUUCCUCCCCCUCCUCCUCCUCCUCCGCCUCCAGGGGCCGCCGCGGCUGAGUACUACCACCUGAUGGCCAGCCACCGGAGCCCCUACGGCGAGCUGCUGAUGCAGGGGGCCGGCGUGCCCGGGGCCCCCCUGGCCGACUACAUCACCCCCAUUGACGUGUCUCGGUUCUCCAGCCCCAGGCUGACGCCCAGACUCAGCAGGAAGCGGGCCUUGUCCAUCUCGCCCCUGUCUGACGCCAGCAUCGACCUGCAGACCAUGAUCCGGACCUCGCCCAACUCCCUGGUGGCCUACAUCAACAACUCCCGCUCCAGCUCGGCCGCCAGCAGCUCUUACGGACACCUGUCGGUCGGGGGACUCAGCCCGUCGUUCCCCUUCCCCCACCCCAUCAACUCCAUGGCCUACCAGCAGCUCCUGUCCCAGCAGCGGGGGCUCAGCGCCUUCGGCCACAACCCGCCCCUCAUACACCCUCCGCCCACCUUCUCCGGUCGCCAGGCCGGCCUCGGCCUCGCCUCCCUCUCCGCCUCCACCCACAACAGCGACGCCUCGGCCAAGAACCACGGAGGAGACCCGGCCGUCAGCAGCACCGUGGACCCCACCAGCAAGCGCUCCAAGGUGAAGACGGAGCUGGACGGACUGAAGCCCGGGUCGCCGCUGUCGCCGAACCCUUACGGCGGCGUCGCCGACCCGAAGGAGGACACGGACCGGGACGAGUGCAAGCAGGAACCCGAGGCCGUCUACGAGACAAACUGCCACUGGGAGGGCUGCAGCAGGGAGUACGACGCCCAGGAGCAGCUGGUCCAUCACAUCAAUAACGACCACAUCCACGGCGAGAAGAAGGAGUUCGUGUGCCGCUGGGACGACUGUUCGCGGGAGCAGAAGCCCUUCAAGGCCCAGUACAUGCUGGUGGUUCACAUGCGCCGACACACCGGGGAGAAGCCACACAAGUGCACGUUUGAGGGCUGCUCCAAGGCCUACUCCCGUCUGGAGAACCUGAAGACCCAUCUGCGCUCUCACACCGGGGAGAAACCGUACGUCUGCGAGCACGAGGGCUGCAACAAGGCCUUCUCCAACGCCUCGGACCGGGCCAAGCACCAGAACCGGACCCACUCCAACGAGAAACCUUACGUCUGCAAGAUCCCCGGCUGCACCAAGCGCUACACGGACCCCAGCUCCCUCAGGAAGCACGUGAAAACGGUUCACGGCCCCGAGGCCCACGUCACCAAGAAGCAGCGCGGCGACCUGCCGCCCAGGCCGCCGGCGCCCCGCGAGAACGGCGAGAACGAGAAGGGCGGCAGGCUGGCCAGGGAGGACAAGCUGUCGGAGAACGGCUCCCCCAGAGUCCCGGAGGACUACCUGCACGUAAAGUCCAUCAAGACGGAGAACUCUGUGAUGUAUCAGUCCAGUCCUGGCGGUCAGUCGUCAUGUAGCAGCGAGCCAUCGCCACUUGGCACCAACAAUGACAGUGGAGUAGAAACGGCGGCGCACAGCGGGGGGAGCCUGGGGGACCUCAGCGCCCUGGACGACCUGCCGUUCGUGGACUCCGUGGGCUUCGAGGACUCCUCCUCCUCCUCCGGCGGCGGCGGCGGCGUAGCAGCGGUCGGCCUCCACCUCAGAAAGCAGCUGGGCACCAGUCAGUGCCUGGAGAACCUCAAGAAGGAGAAGCUGAAGACAGUUAGGGACUCGUGUCGGUGGGCCAACCAUCCAACUCCCCCCGGUCAUCAAGGCGUCACGCUGCCGCCCAUACCGACAACUGGGUCCCUCCUGGAAAACUCCAGCCUGUGUGGGGAUCCGGCCUCCUUCCCCGGCUCUGGCUGGGGUCAGCUCACCUCUGGCAAAGUGACUCUGCUGGCGAGCCUUUCUGAGCGCCGUGACAGCACGUCCAGCACCUUGAGCUCGGCGUACACCCUCAGCCGCCGCUCCUCGGGCAUCUCCCCCGGUUUCUCCAGCCGCCGCUCCAGCCAGGCCUCUCAGUUUGGUGCCGACCGCCCGACCAACAUCAGCUCGGCCGACUCCUACGACCCCAUCUCCGCCGAUCUCUCUCGGCGCUCCAGUCAGGCCAGUCAGUUCGGGGGGAAUAACGGCGGGCUUGGCGUUCCCGGCCCCCUCAGCCUGACCCCAGCCCAGCACUACAGACUGAAGGCGACAUACGCCGCCGCCACUGGUGGCGCGCCUCCGACCCCUCUCCCGUACUUGGAUCAGCCGUGUCCGAAGGAUUUCAACGAAUGCUCCACAAACAGCCUGCGACCGUUGCAGCUCGGCCGCGAGCGGAGCCUGAUGCCCCAUGAGGUUCCCCUCCACGUUCCCCGUCGAGCCAGCGACCCUGUGAGGCCUUUAGACCCUCUCAGCCAGCCGCACAUGCAGCGCUACAGCAGCAUGGUGGCCCUCAACCGACGGCUCUCCCUGCAGCCCCGUCCUCCUCCUGCAGCAGAUCGCAGAUUCUCAGCCCAGCAAGGGUGCGUGCAACCCAGUGCUGGCCCCCCCUGUUACCCUCACGGCCUACGGCCCCCAAGCAUAUCGGAGAACGUCGCCGCGGACACAAGAAGCCGCAGUGGAAACCCAAAUAGCCAGGAGGAUUUCCAGGGAGCUCCCAGCAUGCAGCAGCAGCUGUACCUCCAGAGGAGGCUGGAUGGGGGGAACCCGUCCUCGCCCCACAGCAGCGCUGCUAAGGCCCAGUGGGACACAGUGUCCUCAGGACUCACCAGCACCCAGCAGUACUCCAGACUAGAAGGAAAUGGGAACCUGGCUGUGGUCCAGCAGAACCACAACGCUGGACCUUUCAGCGCGUCCUCCAACCAGCAGCUGGUCCAACACUUCAGCAACAGGAGCAUGCAGCUCUUCCAGCAGCCCCCUGCUGGGCCUCACUUCGGGUUCAGUGACAGGAAGGGGAACAGCCCGCACCCCCCCUGUGGGCCCACGCCCCGCUGUAAGGAGGAGCCCCUCGACGUGGACUUUGCUCAGUUCCAGCCUGUGCAGAUAAAAACUGAGAGUAGUGACGCGUCGGUUCUGAUUUCAGACCAGAACUGUAACAUGGCUCUCCAGAGUGGUUUCCAAACGGGGAACCGGACCCACCUUCAGCUAGGAGCACCCACAGAACCUGGAUCUCCAAAGCGCUCCAACCCAAAGCUGCUGCAGCAGUCGGAUGACGCCCAGCUGGCCUCCAGCACAGGUCCAGGACUUCCCUACGUCCCGGACGACACCGCUCUGUACUACACGGGCCGGAUUCAGGUCCUGGAGCCGAUCGGGGACCUGGACUGUCUGGUGGGGUCCCUGCCUGCUGCUCCAAACCCAGCGGACGACUCGGGGACCAGGACCGGUGCCGUGGAGCACGCGCAGAUAGACUUUGACAGUAUGCUUGACGACGGGGACCAGUCCAGCCUGGUGUCAGGAAACCUGAGCCCAGGCCUGCUCCAGGGUUUUUCCCCGUCCUCGUCUCGCCUCACCACGCCCAGGAACUCGGUGACGCUGCCGGCGGUGCCGGCGGGGACGGGGAACAUGGCCAUCGGGGACAUGAGCUCUCUGCUGACCGCCCUGGCCGAGGAGAACAAGUUCCUCAACUUGAUGACUUAACCUUUCUCCUCCUUUAAACUGAGCUUUGAACUCAACAGCAGCAUCUUGUAUCCUCGUCAGAACAGCUGUAAAUUAUUUCCUGUUUGUCUCUGAAAGCCAUACUCCUGUUUCCUGCCUUAGGAUGUGAAUACAAUGUAAAACUGAGCUGCUGAGCGGUCGGGGAGUCGGAUCUAACUAAGUGCCUGUUGGCGGAGCCCGGCGUUUGUGGGCUCGGGCCGGUUCCGAGGAGAACCCGGUUCCGUGGUGAGGCUGCAGCAGCCAGGCGGGGUUUCAUUGCUGCAGGACAACUGUGACGAGUCGGAGGCCUGAUCCGGGACUGGAACCAGGAACCCCUCGCAGCAGAAAGACUUUGCCGCCUGGAUCUGAACGUUGUGUCACCAGGUCCGGCUCCUGUUCUUGUAUAUUGUUCUGGUUCUCCUGUGUAAAUAGAAUUUGUACAUUUUUAAUAAACAAGAAUUAUGGAUUUUUUAA